AUGGGCAUUCUCACACUCGCCGAGGAUCGGCCAACGCCCAAAUCCGUCUACAAUUGGCGUGUCUAUACACUCGCCGCUAUUGCAUCAUGCGGCUCCAACAUGAUCGGUUAUACCAGUGCCUUCAUCGGUACAACUAUCACAUUACCAUCUUUCCAAAAAGAAUUCGGUAUCGACACGAUGUCUAAAUCCCAACAAGAUUUAAUUAGCGAAAACAUUGUCUCGCUCUUCAUUGCCGGUGCUUUCUUCGGUGCCCUUGGAACAUAUGCAAUGGGUCACUUCAUCGGCCGCAAGAUGUGUUUAGCAGUUGCAGCUGCUAUCUUCUUUCUCGGAGCUGGAUUACAACUUGGUGCCAAUAGUGCCCGAGGACUGGGCAUUCUCUACGCUGGUCGUGUACUGUCUGGUUUGGGUACUGGUGUGGCAUCGAACAUCAUUCCCAUUUAUCUAUCCGAGCUCGCGCCACCAGCCAUUCGAGGACGACUUGUCGGUCUGUAUGAGCUGGGCUGGCAAAUCGGCGGUAUGCUUGGUUUCUGGAUCAACUACGGUGUUGAACAACACUUACCUUCAGACCACGAACAGUGGAUCAUUCCCUUCGCGAUUCAACUAAUUCCAUCUGGUCUACUUUUCAUUGGAGCCUUGUGGAUCAAAGAAUCGCCCCGUUGGUUGUUCCUCAAGGACCGUCGCCGCAAGGCGAUGGAGAACCUUUGCUGGAUCCGCCAAUUGGAUGCCGACGACAUUUACAUCACCGAGGAAGUCAACGCUAUUGACCAGGCCCUUGAAUACCAGAAGUCUUCCAUCGGCAUUGGUUUCUGGAAGCCCUUCCAGGCUCUCGCCACUCGCAGGAAUGUUAUGUACCGUCUGAUGUUGGGAUGCAUGCUCUUCUUCUGGCAGAAUGGAUCCGGCAUUAACGCCAUCAACUACUACUCGCCCACAAUUUUCAAAUCGAUUGGUGUCGACAGCGACACUGUGAACCUGAUGACCGGUAUCUUCGGUGUGGUUAAGGCUGUUAUGACCUUUGUGUGGCUCCUCUUCCUUGUCGAUCAGGUCGGAAGACGUAACCUGCUUCUCGGUGGUGCCGUGACCGGAUCCAUUUGCAUGUGGAUCAUCGGUGCCUACAUCUGUGUUGUCAAGCCCGAGGACAACCCCAGUACCUCCCUCAAUGGUGGAGGUAUCGCAGCCAUCUUCUUCUUCUACCUGUGGACUGCUGUCUAUACCCCCACCUGGAACGGUACCCCUUGGGUUAUUAACUCCGAGUUCUUCGACCCCAACUUCCGUUCCCUGGCUCAGGCUGCCACCACCUCUAGCAACUGGCUCUUCAACUUCCUCAUCUCUCGCUUCACCGAGCAGAUGUUUGAGGCAAUGGGCUACGGAGUGUACAUGUUCUUCGCUUCUCUCUCUUUCCUCGCCUUCUUCUUCGCCUUCUUCCUCAUCCCCGAGACUAGCGGUAUCCCACUCGAGAAGGUCGAUCGUCUGUUCGAGUGCAAGCCCGUCUGGAGAGCAAACAAAAUGCUCAAGGAGAAACUCAAGGAAGAGGAUGAGCAGUUCCGCUACGAGGUCAAGGAACAUGCUUACCACGAGGAGAACACUACUGUGGCUGCACCUGCGCCUGUUCACGCACCUCACGACGAAGAAAUGCAGAGAUAA